UGGGGUCAGGCACAACAACAACCACAAGGAACACGGAGCCAGCCACAACAACAACCACAAGGAGCAUGGGGCGACGCACACCUAUCACAAGGAGCAUGGAUCCGCCCACUACAACAAGUACCACAGAGUCAACCACAACAACAACCACAAGGAGCCUCGGGCCGCCCACGACAACAAGUACCACAGAGCCUGCCUCAACAACAGCAACAACCAGCAUGGGGCCCACAAUCAACAGCUUGGAAACAGCAGCAGCAACACAGAAUACCAACUUUACCUCAACAGCACCAAAAAGCUUCAAUUGAUACUGGUGCUGCUGGUGAUCAUCGACAAGUACAGGCAACUGGUGGUGGUGUGCACCAACAGCAACCAUCAACAAGUACUACAUCUCUUGAUAUGUCUGAGCUUGCUUUGACAGAUCCAUUCCACAAAGAAAAGACUGAAAAGGCAAAAAUGUCAUCUGCACAAUUGAAAGCAUAUCAUGACAUGAUACCAAAGAGAAAAAAUCCUCUAUGUGGUGGGAAAAUAGGGAACAACAUUUCUGUGUUUACGAAUAUGUACCAAAUUAUAUUCAGCGAUAAGUUUGUAACCAAUGCAGUUCAUUAUGAUAUUAAUAUUCGUCCUUUCGAUGAAAAGCCCAGCAAAACAGAAACCAAGAAAGAAACCAGACUUCCUAAGAUUUUAUGUAGAAAUAUUUUUGAACAAUGUAGAAAUAAACAUUUUGGCAUGAGAUUUCCAGCUUAUGAUGGGAACAAAAAUGCAUAUAGCGCAAAUGAGCUUCCUUUCCCUGAUAAUAUGCAGGAUGUUUUCUGGUUCGUAAAUGAUAGGGGACAAAGGAAACAAUAUGAAAUUAUCAUGAGGAAAGUGGCUUAUAUUGAUCUUAGCUGGAUAAAAAAUUUGAGACCUGGUCUUGCAGGAAAUAGAGACCGAACCGCUUUACAAGUCUUAGAUGUAAUCAUGCGUCAUGCACCAGAAUCGAGAUUUAUUAAUGUUGGAAGAUCACUCUACUGGAAUAUAGAUAAGAUCGAGCCACUAAGUGGUGGCUUAACGCUAGCCCACGGUGGAUUUCUGUCUGGUGUACUUGGGUGGCAACCAUAUCUAAAUGUAGAUGUUGCUCAUAAAGGAUUUACCAUGAAUUUAAGAGUACUUGAAUACAUAGCUGAUGUUACAAAAAUUAAAGAAGAAAACCUUUCUUAUAACGACGUAAUGAGAUAUAGAAACAAGAUAGUAGGUUUUUUAAAGGGUUUAAAAGUGACUUACGCAAUACCUAACUCACCAAUUUCGAAACGUACGUACCGUGUACUCGAUUUAUGGUCUGAUAGUUGUGACUCGCAUACGUUUACAUCAUCCGAUGUAACUUACACAAUAACAAAAUAUUUUCGGGACAUAAAGAGAUAUAACAUAAGGAGGACUGACUUGCCUACUCUUCAUGUGGGCAAGACUUCUAACGGAGGCAAAGUCUUGGUGCCUCUCGAAUUAUGCACCAUUGUGGGUGGUCAAGCCGUUAAUAAAAAACUAGAUGAACAGCAAACCACAAAUAUGAUUCGAAAAGCAGCAACGGCUGCGCCUAUCCGUAAACGGAACAUAGAAGCAGCGUUCAGGACACUGGAAAUAAACCGUAGUUCUGUCAUGGAAAGAGAGUUCAAUCUGUCUGUGAGUACAGAAAUGCAAAAAGUUGAUGCCAGAGUUUUGCCUUCUCCUGGAUUGAGAUAUGCUAACUCAACCAUGACAGUAGAAAGAGGAGUAUGGCGUUUGCAACGGUUUAAUCAAGCCAAAAGUUUGGGAUCUAACUCAUGGACUAUUCUUAUUUUAGCUAAUAGAAUAAGUGAUGAUGAAAUACAAUUAUUUGUUAAAGAAUUACAAAACAAUGCAAGAACCGUUGGUAUGAACAUUGGUAAGCCUGAAAGUCCAUUUAAAAGAUUCGAUACAAACGAUUUAAGGCGUAUCACAAAUUACUUCACUCAACAUAAACAUUUAGAAUUGAUAAUAGUUGUUAUACCAGAUUAUACAGACGUAACAUAUGGAAACGUAAAAAAAAUUACCGAAAUGGACAUAGGUGUUUUGACACAGUGUAUAAAAUGUAAAACUGUGAGAUCAUGUAAUGCCGCUACAAUAAAAAAUCUUCUACAAAAAAUAAAUUCAAAACUAAAUGGCAUCAAUCAUAUAUUGGAUAAUAUGCCAUCAUGUUUAAGCAACUAUCCUUGUAUACUUGUUGGUGCCGAUGUAACUCAUCCGGCCCCCGAUUCUAAAAGUGUACCAUCUAUAGCGGCGGUUGCUGCAAGUAGAAAUAAUUCAGCUUUCCAGUAUAAUGUUACACUCAGACUUCAACCACCUAAUUAUAUAUAUAUAUAUAAAUAAAGAGAAAAACUAUUACAUAGACAUUGUAUACAUUAUAAUUCCAUAUUUAUAUCAAUACCUAGAGACGGAGUUAGCGAAGGACAACUUCCUCAAGUUAUGUUUUAUGAAAUAAACGCUAUUAAAAAUGCAAUUAAAACAUUCAAUAAAGGUAAUAUUGAAGUUACCUGCAUGGUUGUUCAGAAGAGACAUCAUGUGCGUCUCUUUCCUGCAAAUAAACAUGAAACAGAUGACAGAAACGGUAAUGUGAGAGCGGGUACAAUUGUCGAUACAACUAUUACACAUCCAGAUCAUAUCGAUUUUUAUCUCGUAUCACAUGCGAGUAUUCAGGGUACAGCGAGGCCUACAAAAUACAGAUGCAUAUGCAACGAUUCUAAAUUUAACGAAGAUCAGCUUGAGGAAAUGACUUAUUUUCUUUGCCAUAUGUAUGCCCGCUGUACAAGAUCGGUAAGCUAUCCGGCACCAACGUAUUAUGCUCAUUUAGCAGCUUUUCGCGGAAGAGCCUUGUUACAAGGGAACCCAAACUUUAAUUUGGCUGAUUUAGAAAGGGAACAGAAAAAUUUUAAAAUAAACAUGGCAGAAUCACCGAUGUAUUUCGUUUAAGGAUAUAUGAUUUUAAAGUUUCUAUGUAAGAACCCCUUUAUAGUUGAGAUAUGUCAGUUGACAUAUGACAUUAAUUUUAUUUCCUUUGGGCAAUAAUUGUAUUGAAUAGAUUUUCUUAUUGCAGAGUUCGGCACGCGAUGCACUUUUUGGUCGAUUUUCAGUCUGAUGUGAGCGGAUUAGUGAGGUAAGGGACGGGAAACUCUGAAAAUCGGCCGAAAAGUGUAUUGUGUGCUGAGCCUUGUCUCUUAAUACAUAAAUUAAACAUAAUUUCUACGAUUAAUUAGUGAUAAUGUAAUUGAUUAUUGUUUGCAUUUAUACAUCAUAUUUCAGUUAUACGUUGAGAAAAAAUAUAAUACAACAAAAAGAAAAAAAUGUUUGGGG